UGUGUUCUUAUUUGUGUACAAAUUUGAGUUUGUUACAUUCCGGUUAAUGAUUAUAUAUUUUUCUGUCUUCAUCAUCACAAUGAUAUUCGUCCUUGGGGUCGGAUGGCUUUGAUAAAAUGACUCGGAUCCAUUGUUAUUUUGGUUAUUAUAAAGAAAUGAUUUGUAUAAAAGAACUGAAAAAAAGGUUUCAUUUGUCCUGUCCCUGCUGUCAUUUCCCAUGAACAAAAUUUUAAACUGUGAUAUAAGCGGCAUUUACUAGUGUUAGAAUUCUUUGUUUAGUUAUUUGUACUGAAUCUUUUGUUAAAAAAAUUCUUUGCCGAAUGAACAAUGGGUACCUUGACAGACAGUAAUGCGAAUGACGAAGUGAAAAUUUCCAAUAAAAUUUCGAACAAAACUGAUAAGCUUUCUUCAUCAGUGUAUGUGAUAUUUCUUGUGUUAAUAGUCGAUCUUCUUGGCUUUACUGUUAUCCUACCUCUUCUACCUUCAAUAUUUGAUUAUUAUGCUUCCAAUGAAAAUGAUCAUUUGUACCAUUGGAUGGAAAAGAAGAUCUAUUAUUUUCAAGAUUUAUUUGGCUCUCCUAACGUAUUUAAUACAGUUCUUUUUGGAGGUUUCUUGGGAUCUGUUUUUUCUGGUUUGCAGUUUCUUGUAUCACCAGUUUUUGGAGCUUUGUCUGAUGUCUAUGGACGAAAAGGAAUUCUUCUUCUGUCCAUGUUUGGAAUUGUGUGCUCUCAUGCUAUUUGGUGGCUUUGCAGAUAUUUUUACUUGUUUGUGUUGGCCCGUAUUGUGGGAGGUUUGAGUAGAGCUAACAUUUCUCUCUGCACUGCCAUUGUAACAGACCUCUGUCCUGAAAAAUCUAGAGGGAAAGGCAUGGCAUUUAUUGGUAUUGCAUUUUCUAUUGGUUUCAUUGUGGGGCCUGUCAUAGGAGCAAUCUUUAGCUCAAGGAAGAGCUUAUACUUUCUUCCUGCCUGCUUCGCUCUUUCAAUGUCUUUGCUGGAUGUGUUUUUAGUUUUGUUUUUCUUUCAAGAAUCUCUUUCACCUGAUAAAAGGGCUGCAAGCAUUGGUCAAGGACUUUCUGAUGCUUAUCAGUUUAUUAGUCCACCAUCCUUAUUCUCAUUCAGCCCUGUUCUUAAUAUCCAACCUAAAGAAAAGAAGGUUUUACAGCAAAUUGGUGUUAUUUAUUUCUUGUUCCUUUUUAUUUAUUCUGGACUGGAAUAUUCUCUGAGCUUUUUAACGCACAUUCGUUUUGAAUUUACAAGUAUGCAACAAGGCAAAAUGUACUUAUUCAGUGGGAUAAUCAUGAUCUUUAUUCAAGGUGGUUAUGUAAGAAGAAUACCUCCUGGGAAAGAAUUACGGUCGGCUGCAAUGGGUGCUAUACUGAUCAUUCCAUCUUUCAUACUUAUCGGCCUUUCAGUUAAUGUGCAGAUGUUGUACUGUGGUCUUGCUCUCUAUGCCUUUGCUUCUGCCACUGUGGUUCCCUGUCUUACUACUCUAGCAUCUAAAAUGGGUGCUAUGAAUCAAAAAGGGACUGUUCUGGGAAUUUUUCGUUCAUUGGGUUCCUUGGCCAGAGCUCUUGGACCAUUUAUCUCUGCCUUUGGGUAUUGGAGCUUAGGUCCUGAAUUCUUGUACUGCAUGGGAGCUCUGUUACUGGUUGUCCCUAUGGUUCUUAUUCUUAACUUAUGCAGAAACAAGAGUGAUGCACUCGAGAAAGAAGAGUAACAUGGGAAGCAUUUACAUUUUUGGAGAAACAAAUAUUUAUUCUGACAUUUACAUUUUGAUACAUUAUUCAUGUUUUGAAAGUUUAUACUUUUACAGAUCUGUAUAUUUAUAUAUCAGUGUUAAAAAAAAUUUUUUGGAAUAAAGGUCUAUGU